AUGCGAGAAUGUGGUUGGACAUCAAAGCGUUUCUCUCAAGAGCUUGUACGCAGCAGAAGAAGAAGUCAGAAGAUUCGAAAUGCGUCACAUAAACUCACAGACUUCUUCCCGUCUGUUCGACAUUCAUUUUCUACUUAUGCUAACAACUGUGAUAUAGAUGCUCAAAAGCACAGCAGGCGGGAGUGGGCAGCUCUGCAGCGCUUGCGAAUGAACGCUAAACUUUAUGACAAAACAGAGGUUAUUAUUGAGGACCCAAAAGCUUGUGCUCCGGCUAACGGCGUGCGGAGAAGGGCUGCUAAGAGGAUGCUGGCUGAUGGCUCAGUGUCUUGCUCGUCUCCAAAAUGCAUGCGACUUGAAGACUCACCCAAUUCUGGCUCAUCCGUUCAAAUUAUUGCAAGAUAG